ACUGUCAGCAGUUGUUAUUAAUUAUACGUAGAAUAAAGAUUUUAUGUUGUUUUCAUUACAAUUGUUUGAUUAUAAAUUUUGAAAUUGAGCGAAAAUUAAAGUUUGGACCCAAUUUUUUGUUGUUUUUGAUUCGACAAUACUUAUUGAUGGUGUGAUAAUACAAUCUUAAAAUAAAAACUACGGUGGGCCCUGCCUUUCUAUUAAAAAAUAAAAAUGGUUAGCCAAAGUGCAAUAAUUACUACGGCGAAGAAAAAUAGUAAUAAUGGAGACACAACAAUACAUAAUUUCCCAAGUUCAAAUCCACCAAGUUUACCGUUUUAUCAAAUUAGUAAAAGAUAUACAUUAGCGAUUUUAUCACAUAUUGGUUUAAUAUUAACAAUUUCGAUAUUUUCGUACUCUCCCAAAGUCUUCCAAACUGAUUAUGGUAUGGUAUAUAACGAUUUGAGAUAUUGGUACAUGAUGAUCUCUAUUCUUGUACAAAUACCUGCAGCUAUUUUUAGUUAUAAAUAUUCAGCUACACAUUUGUUUGGAAUCUGUAUUUUGGGUAAUUCGAUGCUAACUAUGAUAUUUCCAAUUAUAUCACAAUGGGAUGACCCACCAGUUAUAUUAAUGGGACUAUUACAUGGUCUUUUUAUGGGAGCAGCAAGCCCGUCAUUUUAUUCAAUAUGGCGAUAUUGGGCACCACCAUUAGAACGUUCAACAUUAGUGGCAAUAGGAUGUACGGGAUUAGUUUCAAGUGGGGUGAUUUUUAAUUUAAUAUCAACAAGUGGUUUAUUUAAUUUGGAAAAUAUUUUACAUGUUUAUGGUUUUUUGGGAAUAAUCUGGUUUUUUACAUGGCAUUGGGUUGCAUUCGAACAUCCAUCUCAACAUCCAAGUAUAACCGAGCAAGAAUUAACAUAUUUACAACAAAAUAUUACCAUAAAACAUAAAACACCAAUGCCAUCUAUACCUUGGAAAAAAAUUUUGUUCAACAUGCCAAUAUUUACGUUGAUUCUUGUUAAUUUUGUGCAUAGCUUAACAAGACCAUUGUUAUCGGAAGUAGGGCAUUUGAUGUUUUAUAUUAACUUUUACUAUAUCAAUAAGUUAAUAAUAAUUCUUGUAACCAGUUACGUGGCUGAUUUACUUUUACGAAAAAAAUCAAUUUCAACAACAAAUUUAAGAAAAAUUUAUAUAUGCGGUGGUUUGAUACUGAGUGUCCUCGUAAUUUUAAUAGUUCCUAAAUUUGUUUGGGAUCCAGCGACGGGAGACAACAUAAUAUCGUAUAUCGCACUAAUUAUUUAUUGUUUACCAUUUGUUGGAUUAUUUGCAAAUCAUUUGGAUGUAGCUGGAAAAUAUGCUGGAAUUACAAUUGCUUUGAGGAACAUGAUUAUAGAAGUGGACAUGGUUUAUAUGUUGGAACAUUAUUUUAAAAAUAUUAAAAUUUUUAGAUUUAUAGAUGAUUACACUUGUUACAACUUCUCUUACAUGCUAAUAUUUUUGGGUGGAGCAUUAUUGUAUUACAUGUAUGGAACUAGUAAACAACAAGAUUUGGACAAAGAAGAGAAGAAAGAGGAAUGUGCCUAUUAGUACCAUAAUUAUGGGAGUAAACACGGAAGUUGGAUCUCCUCUCCUCGAAGCUCCAGGAAUUAAAUAUUAACAAUUUAGUUUGGAUAUCUCUAAAUUAAA